CCAAAGUUGUUGAAGGCAAACUUGCUACUUGUGCAGGCAGUUUCAGAAGUAUCUAGAUUUAUGUGACUGUUUUUUCAUUUGUUGGACUGUUAGUUCUCACAAACAGCACUUGGAGGCUGAACCAGGGAUCAUGAUGUUAGAGGUGCCAGAAGGAUUUGAGGAUGUUGCUGUUGGAUUUUCAAGAGAGGAGUGGGACCUGCUGAGUGAACAGGAGAAAGAGCUGCACAGGGAGGUGAUGGUACAGAACUUUGAGAAUAUGAUUUCUGUAGGUUACAACAUACCAGUGGACCAACUGUGGUUAUUUAUUAAGAAACAUGAGACAAUUCUACCUGGUGACCGUGAAGCAGGAAAGAUGGUUCAACAAAAGCAGCUUCCUGAUAACAGUACUGACAUCCACAGGAAUGCAGAUUUUAAUGAAAUUCAGAGUCAGCUGCCAUCAUGUGGAACUGGAUGUCCCAAAGCAUUGCCGGAUAAGGUGUUUAGUACAAGAUAUGACCAGGUGCAAACCAAAAACCAGUACCAUAACUGUAUGGAAAGUACUGAUGGGUUUGUACAGAAAACUGAACUUGAAAUGCAUCUGAAAACUCAUAAAGAAGAAAACCCAAGCAAAUGGGUUAAUUCCAGCAACACAUUAACCCUUCAUAGUUGCUUUUUGAAUCAUAGGGAGAAAAAUCAAAAGAAUUUGUUGGAAACAGAUGAACCUAUUUUCAGCAGCAAAAGGCUAAAUAAAUGCAUUGCACUUGUUAACCGUAGAAAAGGUGACCCUCACAUACAUGCCACACGUUUCACAAAGAAGGCAGACUUGAUAAACCAUCAGUAUGUCAACAAUGAAGAAAAAAAAGUAUGUAAACGUGCUGUGUGUGACAAAGGUUUUGUACAGAAGAGUAAUAUGGUAAAAUACCAGUGUACCCACACCAAAGAAAAGCCACACAAAUGUGAUGUUUGUGGCAAGACUUUUGCACUGAAGUGGUACUUAAUACAUCAUCAGAUAAGUCACACCGGUGAAAAACCCUAUAAAUGCACAAUCUGUGACAAAAGGUUUAUAUAUCAGAAGUCUAUGAUAAGUCAUCAGAGUAUCCACACAGGAAAGAAAUAUAAAUGCCCCACAUGUGGCAAGGAAUUUACAAGAAAGGGUAACAUGAGGCAACAUCAGCAUAUCCAUUCUGGAAACAAACCUUUUAAAUGCACUAUAUGUGACAGGAGUUUUGCAUGGAAGAGAUCUAUAGUAGUACAUCAGAGCAUCCACAUUGGACAGAAGCCCUAUAAGUGCACUAUGUGCGAUAAGAGGUUUGUACAGAAGGGUGCCAUGGUAACGCAUCAAUACAUCCAUACCAGGGAGAAACCCUUUAAAUGCACCAUAUGUGACAAGAGUUUUGUAUUGAAGAGAUCUAUAGUAAUGCAUCAGAGCAUCCACACUGGACAACAACCCUAUAAGUGCGCUAUGUGUGAUAAGAAGUUUACACAGAGGAGUGCUAUGGUAACACAUCAAAACAUCCAUACUGGGGAGAAACCCUUUAAAUGUACCACAUGUGGCAAGGGUUUUGCACAGAAAGGUAACAUGCAGCAGCAUCAAUUUAUCCACAGUGGGCAGAGACCCUAUAAGUGCACUAUGUGUGAUAAGAAGUUUACACAGAAGAGUGCUAUGGUCAUGCAUCAAAACAUCCAUACUGGGGAGAAACCCUUUAAAUGCACCAUCUGUGACAAGAGGUAUAUAUAUAAAAAUUCUAUGUUAAGGCAUCAGAGCAUCCAUAUGGAGAAGAAAUCUUAUAAAUGCCCUACAUGUGACAAGGAAUUUAGAUAUAAGAGUAGUAUGAGGCAACAUCAGUAUGUCCAUUCUGAACACAAACCACUUAAACGCACCAUCUGUGACAACAGUUUUGUAUCGAAGAAUAAAAUGGUAAUACAUCAGAAGAGCGUCCACACUGGACAGAAACCCUAUAAAUGCAUGAUGUGUGACAAGAGGUUUACACAGAAGGGUGCUAUGGUAACACAUCAAAAUGUCCAUACUGGGGAGAAACCCUUUAAAUGUACCACAUGUGGCAAGGGUUUUACACAGAAAAGUAACAUGCAGCAACAUCAAUUUAUACACAGUGGUCAGAGACCCUAUAAAUGCUCCAAGUGUGACAAGAGUUUUAUAUGGAAGCGCAGUAUGGAAAGGCAUCAAAACUACCACAGUAGGUAGAAAUCCUCCGUGUGCCAUACAUGCCAAAGGAUUUAUACAGAAAGAUAGCACAAGACAAAAUCAUGAUAUUAGAUCUGCGGAAAGCUCCUGUAAAUGCAGGGAGUGAGACAACAGUUGUGUGAACAAAAGUGAAACAGUAAAUCACCAUUUAGAUUCCAUAUAAAUGUGGAGUAUGUGACAAGAAUUUUAUAUAUAAGGCAAGCCUGGCACAUCAUCUCAUUAUCCACAAUGGGCAUGGAUUGACUACAAAAAAACAUUUGAUAGUAUCCUACAUUCAUGGAUAAAAGCAUGCUUAAAAAUGUGUAAGAUAAACCCUACACUGAUUGACUACAUUAGUGAUC